GGGUUGAUGAAUCAGCCUUGACGGAUUGGUAGGGCAGAUUCGAUGGGCCGAAUGGUCUCACUUUUCUCCCGCGUCUUUUGGCCUUAAUGUCUAAUGUGGCUCAGGAUCAUAACGAGGUCGACAGAGAGAUCUGUGCCGGGCCCAAGAGAAAUUGUGGCCUCCCUGCAAUGGCAACCCCCUUGUGUUCUGUGCCCAGGAAUCAUCGACAACCCGUGUCUGUGGCACCAACGGACGGACCUAUCCCAACAAGUGCAUGCUCUGUCUGCAUCAGUGGGUUUCCGGCAAGUGCAUUCAAAUCGCGUACGUUGGUGCUUGUCGCUUAGCGAGGAGAGUGGGGGAUGAUCGGUGAAGAUCAACUUUUUUUUCCACUGGCUUACGGCGCGAAAUUUGUUUUUUCUGGCAGCAGUACGGUGCAGGACUUUUAAAGAAAAACUAUAAGUUCACAAAAUAAAUAAAUACUUUA